AGCCGCAAAGCAGCUUCAGCCACAGAUGCUUGUGUGUUACCUCUGUGUGAGGUUGGAGAACCAGAGGAAGCCAAAGGAAGCCCUGCUAAGUGGAGGCCUGCAUAUUCUCACAAUCUGCUGACUGAAUUUCUUUCCCCGGUCUGCCGUUGUUGGAAGUUGGAUCUGUCGGAUCUGUCCUGAUGUUUUUAUCCGGGCUGAGCCGGGUAGUGCCGCCGGCGGACACUAGAGGCUCCUUCUGUCGUUACUCCCGUGUUGUUUUGGUUGGGGAGCCCAUGCUUUCUGCCAUAGCCGGUUGUUACGGUAAUGGGUCUCACAUGAGGUGGAGGAGCGGAUCUGUGUUUUGUCAUUAAACGCCGAGUGAAGCGCCGUGGCCAUGGCCGCGGUUUUCGACAUCGAUUUGGAUCAACCGGAUGGGAAUGUCUCUGACGAAGAGCUUGAGGAUGGGGGGCAGCACAGUGAAUACAUGGACCAGUGCAGUAGCUUUGAUUAUAACAUGGAUGAAUGUGAGAAGUUUGAAAUCUCAGAGAACAGCGUAAACAAGGGAACAGAGCAGAUCAGGCCCGAAUGCUUUGAGCUGCUGAAAGUUUUGGGAAAAGGCGGCUAUGGAAAGGUGUUUCAAGUUCGGAAGGUGUCGGGUGCCACCUCUGGAAAGAUAUUUGCUAUGAAAGUUUUAAAGAAGGCCAUGAUUGUGCGUAACGCAAAGGACACAGCCCACACCAAAGCUGAGAGGAACAUUUUAGAGGAGGUGAAGCAUCCUUUCAUUGUGGACCUGAUUUAUGCCUUCCAGACAGGGGGAAAGUUGUACCUCAUCCUGGAAUAUCUGAGCGGUGGGGAACUGUUCAUGCAGCUGGAAAGAGAGGGAAUCUUCAUGGAAGACACAGCAUGUUUCUAUCUGGCUGAGAUCUCAAUGGCGCUGGGUCAUCUGCACCAAAAAGGCAUCAUCUAUAGGGACUUAAAACCUGAGAACAUCAUGCUCAAUAACAAUGGACACGUGAAGCUGACAGAUUUCGGCCUAUGCAAAGAGUCCAUCCACGAUGGAACAGUCACCCACACCUUCUGCGGCACUAUCGAAUACAUGGCUCCAGAGAUCCUAAUGAGGAGCGGACAUAAUCGUGCCGUGGACUGGUGGAGUCUGGGAGCUCUCAUGUAUGACAUGCUGACAGGAGCACCUCCAUUCACUGGCGAAAACCGAAAGAAGACAAUUGACAAAAUCUUGAAAAGUAAACUCAGCCUUCCACCUUACCUCACACAAGAAGCCAGGGACCUCCUGAAAAAGUUGCUGAAAAGAAAUGCCUCAUCGCGACUCGGGGCUGGACCAGGAGAUGCAGCUGAGGUCCAGGCCCAUGCAUUCUUCCGCCAUAUAAAUUGGGACGACCUCCUUGCUCGCAAAGUCGAGCCUCCAUUUAAACCAUUUCUGCAAUCAGCUGAUGAUGUCAGCCAGUUUGACUCCAAGUUCACCAGUCAGACUCCAGUGGACAGCCCCGAUGACUCCAUGCUCAGUGAAAGUGCCAAUCAAGUCUUCCUGGGUUUCACAUAUGUAGCCCCAUCUGUGCUUGAGAAUGUCAAAGAGAAGUUCUCCUUUGAGCCAAAAGUCCGCUCACCACGAAAGUUCCCAGGAAGCCCAAGAACACCUGUGAGUCCAGUGAAGUUUGCAGGAGGGGACUGCUGGCCCCGGGGACCCUCACUGACCAGCAGCCCAUCUCCGUUUUCCCCUGGUAGCUCUGUGGACCAACCCAUGGAGGUGUCGACAGUGGAGCAAAUGGACGCUAGCAGCAGUGGCUUCACCGAGGCCUCUGCGCCGCUUCCCAUCAGGCAACCUUCAGGCAUCAAUGUAGGCACCUACAAAAAGCAGGCCUACCCCAUGAACUCUAAGCGGCCCGAACACCUACGAAUGAACCUAUGACGCUCAGCUUUCCUACGAACAUUAGCUCUUCUUUUCAGUAUCUCCUCUUCCUUUUUGUUUUCUUUCAAAGAGACUUGUAGGAAUUUUUUUUUUUCCUUUUUUAAAUUUGACUGACACUGUCAACGCCGAUCACCAGCUCUUCCAGCAGCGCCUUCCCUCCUUGACCUCCUAAAACCUCCUGACUUAGCCUGGCUUCUUUAACUUGCCACAGCUAAUCGGCAGUUUAAAAAUCAGCGGAGUGGUGUGGGAGAGGUGCUCUUAGGUGGAAGUCAGUUCGAAUGUGUGCUGAGAAAUGCCGACCGAGGUGGAUUCAACCGGCAUUAUCAUGAUUUACUGGUGCUCUUUUAUCUUCAAGUCUAGGAUGAUGUUACUUGUAGUGUUUACGAUGCGUUAAACUCCAUCACAGUGAAAAAGAGGGUUCUGUUUCUCCCUCAUUACAUUUUUUUGUGAAAAGAAUUUGCGGUCAAUAAGUAGAUUUAUUGGCUAAUAGUUUCAACAGUGAACACAGUAUUCCUUUAUAUUUAAAGGACAGAGUCAGAUUGCCUUUGUCACUGGAGCUUAGAUCAGGAGUAGAUGAACACGCCUGAAGGAAAGCAGCUAUAAAAAGACAAGUGAAAUCUCAGCUGAGUGCAUCACUUCCACCACAAUCGAUACCAAAUGCUGGCACUGCUUUACUUGUCUGACUGGGAGGCUUUCUGAUGGAGGCCUGUCCAGAAACACUGUUCAUUUUCUUUGUGUUGAAUGUAAACAGACUCUAAAAGUCUUUUUGUGUGUCACUUAAAUCUCCUGCUCUUUAUUUUUUUAACUCGUGCAGUCUCAUUGCCACUGGCACGGUUGGGAACCAACAAGCAUGUCGACCCACAGUUCUCUGAGCCAGACUGAUGUCACUGCCUUUUACUGACAUAGGCCGCAUUCAUGUCUAAGGUGCUGAGAGUGCGCUUUUUGUGCAUUGUAACAUGGCUUUAAGUGUUAGUGGGUAUUAACACACGUGUAUAUGAAUAGACCAUUUGCUAAGAGUGGUUGGAUUGGGAUGUUUGAGCUGUUUAUAUAUAAUGUAAAGCUGCUAGAUGAGCCUUUGGAGUCAAGCCAUUGAACCCCGUCAUCCUAAAACUGACCGAGAUUCAGAUUCCCGUAAUGCUAAUGAAAUCUAAACAAAUAAAAUGUGUUUUCCUUUGAAUUGUUUCUUGCAGUCCAAACAAAUCAACUGUAACAAAUGUGGACAAAAUGAGCUAUAAAGCUGUUUUUUUUUUUUUUUUUUUUUUUGGUUUGUUUGUUUGGUUUUUUUUAACCACCCUGAUAAUCUAAAAAUGUUGGAAAACAUCCGAGGAAGUUUAUGAUUUUUCUACAAAUUUGUAGAAACUUUUUUGGUUCGUGCUUAUUUUAAGUUAUACUGACCUUGUUUUCUAUAUUGAUACUUUGUGUUAUUGUAAGUUACUUUGCAACCUGUUGUACAUCAAUGAAGUUUGUGUUUGCAGACUGAAGCUCUAGUAAGGAUCAGUGUCAGGCUGAUGAUUUUCAAUCAUUCCUGUAAGACAGCUGUGCCCAACGGCGGCCACUCCACUUGUUCCUCCACUUCCUUACUUUGUUUCUAUUUAUUUCAAGUGCCAUUGUGGUUCCACUGCAUUGUCUACACUAUGCAAACUAUGUAUUUAUUAUGUAGUAUUAUUCAGAUAGGGCAGCAGAAUGUGUGAAAAGUUGAUUUGACUUCUGUUGCGAUUAUAAUCAUGUACAGUAUAAUUUUUAUUUCCACAGAAGACGUCUUACAAGAACCUCAGAUGCAGCUUUUUUUUUUUUAAUAUACAUAUAUUCCUAAAGGCCUGAAAGUCUUACAGUAUUUAUUUUGAGGCAUAGUAUCACUUUUAAAGGGGAUUUUCUGAAGACCUUUUUCAUUAUAGAUUUUCCUUGCUGAAAACUUGAAGCGUAGUUUUUCUUUUGCAGUGCAAGGAUGGCGUAUUAUGAUGCAAAAACCAAUGGGAAUGGCGCUGUGCCUUUGCUGACAGAGUACAUCGUGUAUGUACAGUUUGCUGUAUAUUGUAAUUGUGUCUGCGUGCGUGUGUGUGUAAGGCUGGGAUUGAUAACAAACAUUGACUACCUGUUAGCCUCUCUAGGAUGCGUGUCUUUGCUUCACGUUGUGAUCAUAAUCUGAGUGGGAGGUUUGGCUGAGAGAGAAACGGUGCAUCUUGCUUCUGUUCAGGUAUGUUUAAGGAGCAUUUUACACAUAACGUGAAACAUCUCGAGUUAAAAGGAUGUUUGAAUCACUGGUGGGCAUUGAGUAACAUUUCUGUUGUGUCAAUCUUGUCCCCUCUAAUGGAGAAGGCUGAACUGUAUCAUGUACAUA